GGCUGCAAUCACUCGAGAGAGCUCCAGCAGAGCGCACACGCACGGACUCGGCGACCGCACCGCACCAAGAUAGUGCUCGUAUCACUUUGGAAACACCCGCGCGUGCCCGCAAAAAUAUAAAAGAAGUGAAGAAAAAAUUGAUUCAGUUUCUGCUGGGGCAGCCGGAAUUAUGCCUCGCCAGCUUCGUCGUCUCGCCGUGCACUGAAAUCGAAAUCGAGUCCAAUGACCAGCUCUCAAGCUGGUGCCUGUGAAAGAGUGUACACCUUUGGCUAGCCAAGAAACCAUACUGCAGGCCUUGACCCAUAGCCUGUAAAGAGCUGAACCGCGUCUCAGUUCGCUUAUAUAAUCAAAUUGCGAAUUGCGAAUUGCGAGUAGCCCAAACGCAAAGUGAAUACUAAGGAGCCCAAGAAAAUGCAGUUCAAGAAACCAAGAGCACUCGUGGGUUCAUCUGGCCUGCUGCAGUUCCUCCUCCUGAUUAGUGCUACACUCUGCCGCCUGGAAUUCGCCGAUGCCCAAAAUGCCGGCGUGGUGGCCGCGGCGGUGGCGGCGGGGCAAAACCAAACCCAAGUCUACGUGACGGAGUCCUGCCUGCAGAAGCCGUACCGCUGUCCGCAUCCGAAGAUUCAGUUCUACCUGUACACGCGCCGCACCCAGGAGCAGCCCGAGUUCAUCGAUGUGCUCGACGCCAACGCCCUGUACUACACCCACUUCAAUCCGCGGCAUCCGACGAAGAUAAUCAUCCACGGCUUCGGAGGAGGUCGCGAUCUGAGUCCCAGUCCAGACUUGCGGGAGGCCUACUUCAGCGUGGGCGAGUACAACAUCAUCAUCGUGGACUACGCCGACGCGGUGAAGGAGCCCUGCCUCAGCCAGAUGGACUGGUCUCCCCGCUUCGGCGGCCUCUGCAUCUCCCAGUUGGUCAAGUAUCUGGCCCGACAUCCGCGCGGGGUCCAGCCAGAUGACCUUCACUUCAUCGGCUACAGCGUGGGUGCCCACAUAGCCGGACUGGUGGCCAACUAUCUGAAGCCCGAGGAGGGAAAGCUGGGACGCAUCACAGCCCUGGAUCCAACGAUAUUCUUCUAUGCUGGGGCCAACAACUCCAGGGAUCUGGAUACGACCGAUGCCAACUUUGUGGAUGUUAUGCACACUGGAGCGGGGAUACUCGGUCAAUGGCACUCCAGUGGCCACGCGGACUUUUAUGUGAAUGGCGGCACCAGGCAGCCAGCCUGUGUGGGCUCUGCCACGCUGUUUCAGACCUUGGCCUGCGACCACACCAAAGUCACCCCCUACUUCAUAGAGUCCAUAACCACGACUCGGGGCUUCUAUGCGGGUCCGUGCCCCAACUUGUUCACCUACCUGAUAGGCUGGUGCGAGCCCAAGGAUUCCGAGUACGUUCUGAUGGGCGAGCACUGCUCACAUAAAGCUCGAGGCAAUUACUAUGUUACCACUAAUGGAAAAGCACCAUUUGCCCGUGGUUUUCCAGGCAAGGGGCGUUCCAAUGGCGAGUACCAGGGUGUACGGCGAUAGUGAAAAUCGUUUGUUGCCUUUUGUUCGCAAUCUCCAUAUUUUGGAAACAAUGGAUCAAAGAUCGUUUUUGCCUAGUUUCCUUCCAUUUUCCAUUUUCCAUCUUCCAUCUCUUAUACCGUAGCACUCAUGUGAUUAUAGUUUGUUUUCUAUAUAUAUACGAAUCAUAUUUAUUUUAUAUAUUUUUGUUGUUAGUCUUAGACCACCGCCAUGUUUGCUGGGAGUUGGGAAGGGAGAGAGGCGACAUCCAGUCCCAAGUGUUUCGGGCCCUGUACAAAUCAAUGCAUCUAAUCAUUAAGUCGUAGGCUGAAAGUUGUUUGAAAUAAACGCACAAUACACUCAACUCAACAUUUGUUGGCAUAAUUCUUAACAAGUUCGUUUUAUUGAGUUCCAAAUACAUUUGUUAAGGUAUAAUUUUGUUUUGUUUUGUUUUGUUUCGAUUUCGUUUAGACGUUUAAAUAUGGUAAUUCGUAUAGCCAGAUGUCAUUCAGGGGGUUUCUUUCUUUCUCUUUCUCGUUAUCAGUGUCAUAAGUUUUUUAAAUAAAUUUGAGUAACAUGGUAAUUUGGUAAAUUAUUUUGCAAAGCUGGAUCUUAAAGGAAAAUCUUUUUUAUUGUGCUCGAGUCUUGUUUAAUCCUUUUAGUUACAUUUUAUGAGUAUUAUUUAAGUGUUUUCUUCUGUUAUGAGCAUACAUCGAAGUAUAUAUGUAUGUACGUAUAUAAGUAUAUGUAUAUUAAUUCGGUUUAUCGACCAUUAAAAUUAUACAACAUGGGCGGGUGUUGCCAGAAAAGGGAUCUCCAUUCGUUUCCUAAAUAUUUGAUUUUGAUUUAAUUUUUAGCAAUUUGCAUACAGAAUGCUCAAUAAACACAAAGAAUACAUUGUUUUAUUUUGUUUAAUAUAUACACAGUUCCAGUAUUGAUAGCCUAUCCCAUCCGAACAAUUCUUGUAUAUUGUUUAACAUGAAAUAAUGUGACUUCUUUUUUUACAUCUAUAGUAUGGAUAUUUUAUAUGCAUAAUACUCGUAUAUAUUACGUCUGCUUUGGAAUAUACAUAUGUAUGGUACUUGUCCGUCAAUUGUGGUUCCCUUCCGAUGAGAGUGUAUGGUUUAUUUAUAUGGCUGCUCAGCGUUUCCUAGGUCUGCUUUCGCAUACAACAUUUAUGUUCGGCUGGGAGUUAAAAUGCCCUAUAAGUACGUAGCCGGCUCUGGCAAGAUGUGGCUA